UAUUGUGAUUGUGAUUGAUAUACAGUGACAAAAAAGCUCUAUUUUGAAGCUUCCAUGGCUGCCACCAAGCUCCCCGACGAUUUCAAAUGUCCGAUUUCACUCGAAAUCAUGUCUGACCCAGUCAUACUCUCAUCAGGACACACAUUUGAUCGUUCAUCAAUCCGGCAAUGGUUGGACGCCGGCCACCGUACUUGUCCAAUUACAAAGUUACCCCUCUCCGACCCACCUACUCUUAUCCCAAACCAUUCUCUCAGGAGCUUAAUUUCCAAUUAUACCCUCGUCCCUUUCCCGGCGCCGCUGAAUCCAGAGCCAAAAUUUCUUAUUUCCUCCCUCCUAACUCCUUAUUCUUCUCCGGAGCUCAAACUCAGCUCGCUAGAUCAACUGUCUCGUCUUUCAAAGCGCGAUUCGGGUCUCUGCCGUCGAUUGAUCGAGAACGAUGUUGUAUCUACCGUCCUUAACUUCGUCAGCUCCGACGACUCUGUUCUUCAAGAAAAGGCUUUAACUUUGUUGCUGAAUUUGAGUCUUGAUGAUCAUAACAAAGUGGGUUUGGUUGCUGAGGGUGCGAUCGGUCGAGUUGUGACUGUUUUAUGCGGCGGUGGGUCUCCUGAUUGUCGUGCGGUGGCUGCUACUACUUUGACGAGUUUAGCUGUGGUGGAAGUGAAUAAAGCGACAAUUGGAGCUUACCCAUGUGCGAUUCAAGGUCUUGUUUUUCUACUAAGAGAUGGAAAUGUUCGAGAAAGGAAAGAGGCUGCAACUGCUUUGUAUACUUUAUGUUGUUUUCCUGAUAACCGGCGGCGAACUGUUGAAUCAGGGGCGGUGAUGAUUUUGAUGGGUGUUAUUGCUGGAUCAGGUUUGGAAAGAGCUGUUCAAGUUUUGAGUUUGUUAACAAAAUGUAAAGAAGGGAGAGAAGAGAUGAUGAAGAUUAGGGAUUUUGGGAUGUCAAUUUUGGUUAAUGUGCUGAGAAAGGGAAGUUCGAGAGGGAUUCAAUAUGCUCUGUUAACCCUAAUUUCGAUUUGCAGUUACAGUAAUGAUGUCUGUUUGGAGGCGAUGAGACAGAUGGUUUUUAAGCAUUGUCUUGCACUGUUGGAAGAUGAUGAUGAAAAGAUCAGAAGAAAUGCAUCAAGUUUGGUUCAAAUUCUUGGGGGAAUAAAGCUUUAAAGAUGAGUUUUUUUUUUUACUUUUUUUCAUCUUCUAUCUGUAAAUCCCGAUAAGGAUGACAACAAAUACUAUAUCUGUUCUGUUUUUCAUUUCUAUGGAAGAAUCCAGAAAUAUUUUCA